UUAUGGACAACAAAACUGGGGCUAUAGACAAAAACUGGGGCGGGACUAUUGGGUGUGUCCACCUUAUAGUUUGGUGAUGAAAGAUUGAAAAGACUCAACUUAAUAAACUUGAGCACGGUAAUAUUUAGGUCAAUUCAAAGAUGGCAGGCAUAAGUUGAAUGGAAACCCAAAUACAUAAAUUCAUUCAAACAAUCAUAACAUAAAUAGCACAGAGAUGUAUCAAUCCUCAAUCACACAACAACUUAAGCCAAAAAAAUGGAACUCACUUGGUUUUGGCUUACUGUCGUGGCCAUUUUAGCUGGUUCUUUAGUUUCAGUGGCGAGGAGGAAGAAGAAGAAGAAGACGACGGGGAGACUGCCUCCAGGUCCAAAUGGGAUCCCUAUUCUGGGACAUCUACACAUGCUGGGGAAGAAUCCUCACCAAGAUCUGCAAAGGAUUGCCAAAGACCACGGCCCCAUUAUGUAUAUGCAAUUUGGGUUCGUCCCAAACAUCGUUGUCUCAUCUCCUGAGGCAGCCGAGCUUUUCCUCAAGACUCAUGACCUUGUUUUUGCCAGCAGACCACCUCAUCAGGGCUCUAAAUAUGUGUCAUGGGAUCAGAGGAACUUGUCGUUCGGGGAGUAUGGUCCAUACUGGCGGAACAUGCGCAAGUUAUGCACCUUGGAGCUGCUCAGCACCCAUAAGAUCAAUUCCUUCCAACCUAUGAGAAGGGAAGAGAUUGGUCUUUUUGUUGAAUCCAUCAAGGAAGCUUCCAGACUACAUGUUUCUGUCGAUCUUAGUGCCAAGGUCUGGUCCCUGACUGCAGAGACGGGCUGCAGGAUGGUGUUUGGCAAGAAAUAUGAUGACAAAGACAUAGAUGAGAGAGGCUUCAAAACUGUGAUCCAAGAAGUGAUGAAACUAGCAGCAGCUCCCAAUUUGGGUGAUUACUUUCCUUUCCUGGGAGUCUUGGAUCUCCAAGGGCUGACAAGGAAGAUGAAGGCACUUGCACAAGUUUUUGAUGAUUUCUUUGACAAAAUUAUACAAGACCAUGUUCGAGCAGGGGAUCGUCAUGACCAGACCAAAGAUAUCGUUGAUACCAUGAUGUCCAUAAUGCAAAGUGGCCAAGCUGAAUUUCAGUUUGACCGGCGUCAUGUCAAGGCCAUUAUGCUGGACUUGCUCAUAGGUUCAAUGGACUCAUCAGCAUCAUCAGUUGAGUGGAUACUCUCAGAACUGAUGAGAAACCCUAGAGUUAUGAAGAAACUACAGGAAGAGUUGGAACGAGUUGUGGGAUUGAAGAGGAUGGUUGAGGAGUCUGACCUGGACAAACUCGAAUAUCUCGACAUGGUUGUAAAGGAAACCUUCAGGAUGCAUCCAGUGGCUCCACUGUUGGUUCCUCACUAUGCAAGGGAAGACAGCAAGGUUAAUGGCUAUGACAUACCAAAAGAAUCAAGAAUACUCGUCAACACAUAUGCAAUUGGCCGUGAUCCAAAUGUAUGGACUGAUCCGGAGAUGUUCAUUCCAGAGAGGUUUUCUGGCAGUGACAUUGAUCUUAGGGGACAACAUUUUCAGCUCCUUCCAUUUGGGUCUGGGAGGAGAGGUUGCCCCGGAAUCCAACUGGGGCUCAUCCAAGUUCGACUGAUCGUGUCACAGUUAGUCCACUGCUUCGAUUGGAAGCUGCCAAAUGAUAUGUCGCCAGAGGAGCUGGACAUGAAUGAGGAAUUUGGCCUUGCUGUUACAAGGGCCAAUCAUCUCAUGGCAAUCCCUACCUUUCGGUUGCAUAACUAACUUUGUAAGCAAACUAGUAAGGACAUGCUAAAUAAGUACUCAAAGCCAGGUGCAUGUAUCACACAAGGCUGCAAGAUAUCAGAAUUAUUUCAGCUGAAAUUAUAAAUCAUGCAUUCUUCUCCAACUAUGGUCAGCACAAGCAGUUUAUCCCAAUCAAGCACAAACACAACUUAGAUUAAGAUUAUAACAGAUGAUUAUUGAGAACAUGAAGUAGCCUGAGCUAAGUUUAUAAACUCCACUUGUUAGAGGGGAAUAGAGAAAGAGAAUUUCGGAUUUAUGGGGCACUCUACUACUAAAAUAACAAAAAUGUACCAACUUUGUCAUUUCUUCCAUCUAUGGAAAAACGCCAUCCAUGUUGGCGUCUUAUUAAGUAAAAACGCC